GUAAGCCACGUUUUAAAUGUUUGAUUUAAAUAAUCAUAUUUAAAUUGACAGCAAAAAAAAAAAAAAAACAUUUUUAGUUGUUUAUUUCUACUCCAAAUGGGUCCGGUGUUGUAUCUGGGUGUUUUGGUUCUGUUGUUUCUGUUAUGGAUCAGGAUCAAAGGUCUCGAUUAUGUUAUAAUUCACCAGAGAUGGAUAUUUGUUUGCCUUUUCCUUCUGCCCUUGUCCGUGGUGUUUGAUGCCUACUAUUAUGUUCGAGCUUGGAUCAUCUUUAAGAUGUGCUCAGCGCCAAAACUGCACAAGCAACGGGUCCGGGACAUCCAGAAACAGGUCCGUGAGUGGAAGAAGGAGGGAGGAAAGGCAUAUAUGUGCACAGGACGUCCUGGCUGGUUGACCGUGUCUCUGAGGGUGGGGAAAUAUAAGAAGACUCACAAGAAUAUAAAAAUCAAUAUGAUGGAUAUUUUAGAGGUGGACACGAAACGCCAGGUGGUGCGAGUGGAGCCCUUGGUGAAUAUGGGUCAGGUGACGGCCUUAUUGAAUUCCAUCGGCUGGACGCUGCCUGUAUUACCUGAGCUUGAUGAUCUCACAGUAGGAGGUUUGGUAAUGGGCACAGGAAUUGAGUCCUCGUCUCAUAUUUAUGGCCUGUUCCAACACAUCUGUGUGGCUUUUGAGCUGGUACUGGCAGAUGGCAGUCUGGUUCGCUGCACUGAGAACGAGAACUCGGAGCUGUUCUAUUCAGUCCCGUGGUCCUGUGGAACACUGGGCUUCUUGGUGGCAGCUGAGAUUCGGAUUAUUCCAGCACGGCAGUGGGUGAGGCUGCGUUACAAGGCUGUACGGGGUUUGGAUGCCAUCUGUAAGGUGUUCGCAGAGGAGUCCGCGAACAAAGAGAACCAUUUUGUGGAGGGGUUACAGUAUUCGCUCAACGAGGCUGUUAUCAUGACCGGUGUUAUGACUGACCACGCUGAGCCUGACAAGAUCAAUCGCAUUGGUCACUACUACAAGCCCUGGUUCUUUAAGCAUGUGGAGAAGUACCUGAAGGAGGAUGGAACUGGUGUGGAGUACAUCCCACUCAGACACUACUACCACAGACACACACGAAGCAUCUUCUGGGAGCUCCAGGACAUCAUUCCAUUUGGGAAUAACCCACUGUUCAGGUAUUUGUUUGGCUGGAUGGUUCCUCCGAAGAUCUCCCUGCUGAAGCUGACUCAGGGCGAGACCAUCCGUCGGCUUUACGAGCAGCAUCACGUGGUUCAGGACAUGCUGGUGCCCAUGAAGCAUAUGCACACAGCCAUCUCGCACUUCCACCAGGACAUUCAUGUGUAUCCCUUAUGGCUGUGCCCUUUCAUAUUGCCCAGUCGGCCAGGCAUGGUGCAUCCUCAAGGAGAUGAGGAUGAGCUGUAUGUGGACAUUGGGGCAUACGGGGAACCCCAAGUCAAACAUUUUGAUGCUUGGGCCUCCACACGCCAGCUUGAGAAGUUUGUCCGAGAUGUACACGGUUUCCAGAUGCUUUAUGCAGAUGUGUACAUGGAACGACAAGAAUUCUGGGAAAUGUUUGAUGGUGCGCUGUAUCAUAAGCUACGGAAGGAUCUGGACUGUGAGCAGGCAUUUCCUGAAGUGUACAACAAAAUCUGCAAAGCUGCAAGACAUUAAAUUCAGUCCUGAUCGAAAUACAGGAAAAAGAGAAAAUGGAAUUUAAAAAAAAAAAUUAUAAUCUCAUAAAAUGUCAACCAGCUAUAGGCAAUAUUACCAGCUAUCUUUUUUUAAACUGGAUUUUUAAUACAUACACUUGAGCCUUCUUACAUUUAAAUAUGCACUCACCGGCGACUUUAAUAGGAACUUGUUCUUGAUUCUAAGAUUCCUGUUCUUGGCUGCAGGAGUGGAUCCCAGUGUGGUCUUCUGCUGUUGUAUGGUGAGAUGCUUUUCUGCUCACCAUGGUUGUAAAGAGUGAUUGAUUAUAUGAGUCGCUAUUUCCUUCCUGGCAGCUCGAACCAAUCUGGCCAUUUUCCUCUGACCUCUCUUAUCAACAAGGCGUUUGUUUCCACCCAUAGAACUGUCGCUCACUCAAUGUUUUUUGUUUUUCGCACCAUUCUAUGUAAACUCUAGAGACUGUUGUGUGAGAAAACCCCAGGAGAUCAGCAGUUUCUGAAAUACUCAAACCAGUCCAUCUGGCACAGUGAAAGUCACACUUUAAGAUCACAAUUUUUCCCAUUCUGAUGUUUGAAGUAAACAUUAACUGAAGCUCUUGAUUUUGUAUCUGCAUGAUUUGAUGCAUUGCGCUGCUGUCAGGGGAUUGGCUGAUUCAAGAACUGCACAAAACAACAGGUAUAUUGGUGUUUCCUAAUAAAGUGGCUGGUGAGUGUAUUUUCAGCAAACAAUAUAAAUAAAGGGAACAUCAGUAACCGGUGUAUUCGACACCUAAUAUUGUCCUCUAUCUAAAGGUACCUUAUUUUUACGGCAUAGAUAUAUUUUGUCUGUGAAAUUGUUUUAAUGCUGAUUUCCCUAGUGACGUUCUCAUACUAAAUCUGCCUUCAAGCUUUCAAAACAAAUUGUUAUCCAAGUUAUUCUUACACUACCAUUCAGAAGUUUGGGAUCACUUUGAAAUGUCCUUAUUUUUGAAAGAAAAACACUCUUCUUUUCAAUGAAGAUCACUUUAAACUAAUCAGAAAUGCACUCUAUACAUUGCUAAUGUGGUAAAUGACUAUUCUAGCUGCAAAUGUCUGGUUUUUGGUGCAAUAUCUCCAUAGGUGUAUAGAGAUCUUGCAGUCACGUGACCGGAAAGUACACAACCCCCAUCUUGUCGGUCAAAAACACCGCUGAAUACUGCUGCACUCGUGUACAGAAUGGAUCAAUUUCAACCGACGGACUACACGGCUCAUUUUUCUAAUGAACAGAUAACUAGAUGUAUGUCUAAAAUAAAUGAUCUACAGAUUUGUGACCCUUAUGGCUUACCGGACGGAGUUUUCACGACCGGAUUUUGAACUGCCAGCGGAAUACCCGGACGUGUAUGAUUACCUCAUCAACUUUCUCUCGCUGUUCAGUGGUGAAGCACUGCGUGCUUAGAAAUCUCUGGACAGUUUUCUUUACAGAAAUUCAGGAUUUGUCAGCGACUCAGAUGUGGCAUCUUGUAAACAAGAAAAUAAUCCUCAUUGGAUGGGUAAGUCACUUAAGUAUUGAGUAUAGCACUGACCAGCCGAUUAUAGAAUAGAAUAAGGUAAUUCCAAAUCGUCCGUCUUGUUUACAUGGAUCUGGCAUUGGAGAGGUAGAGGCUUAGCAGUGGAGGUUUGAGUAGCUGUUUUCUGAGCUUAGUCAACAGGCCGGCUCUGCCUGUAGCCUCGCUUUUGCUUCUGCUCCCGGCGCCGCCUCCUUCGCUUUGCUUCCAAUAACAAUCCACGGAGACCUCGCUGUCUCGUCCGGAAUGUUUUUCUUUUUUUUUUUCUCGUCCGGAAUGUUGUGCAUGCGAUGGAAAUCGCUACAAACCGUCAUUUUCUGCUGGAAACCAAUGUCCAGUAAGUCCAUACGGUUGUAGUGGAUAUUGAAGUCCGGUACAGACGAACAACACGCAAAAAUACACACAAAAAACAUAAACGUGCACAGGUAGGGAGAGCUUGUAGCCGCAGCCGUUGUAGUAGAAUUGUAUAUAGUAGGGUUUUCCAGAAGAAAAGGUAGAAGUAAAAGCAGAAGUAGAACCAGAAGUAGAAGGCGGAAUAUGGCGUUUGACCGACACGAUGGCGUCUGUCACAAUCUGGAUCGGCUGUGACGUCACAUGCAAGUGCUCCAUAGAGGCCCAUUUCCAGCAACUAUCACUUCAGUGUUCUAAUGGUACAAUGUGUUUGCUCAUUGCCUCAGAAGGCUAAUGGAUGAUUAGAAAACCCUUGUACAAUCAUGUUAGCACAGCUGAAAACAGUUGAGCUCUUUAGAGAAGCUAUAAAACUGACCUUCCUUUGAGCAGAUUGAGUUUCUGGAGCAUCACAUUUGUGGGGUUGAUUAAAUGCUCAAAAUGGCCAGAAAAAUGUCUUGACUAUAUUUUCUAUUCAUUUUACAACUUAUGGUGGUAAAUAAAAGUGUGACUUUUCAUGGAAAACACAAAAUUGUCUGGGUGACCCCAAACUUUUGAACGGUAGUGUAUAUAUCAAUACACAACUGUAUAAGGCACAACUUUUAUAACUCAUCUCAACAGGUAUUGCUUUUCCACAAGUGCCACCUAUAAACCUUUCAUAAAGUAUUUUUUUUCUCUUACAAAUGAGCAAAAGACAAAAUACAGACUGCCAGUGUGUCUUUAAAUUAUUCUAAAACGCACACACGCACAAACCUGUGUAUGAAUAUGCUGCUUCCACUAUAUCACCACUUAAAAAUACCACUUGAAGAAAUGCACAUUAAUUCCUUUAAGCCUUAUAGCUGUAGACUCUAUUUUAUUUUUUUUCCUCCACAAUCACCAUCAUUUUCUAGAAGCUCCGAAGUAGACCGGGAUUUUAUUGUUGGUUUUAGAUUGUGGCCUUCUUGUAAUAUUGUGUUUGCUGCUUCGUGUUCACAACUGUUUUUGUGUCCUUCCUUGGUACGUACGGUACAAAAGGUGUUUCUUUGUGCAUGUGAACAUUAGUGAUCUUUAAUUUUCCAGUUUCAGGACUGAGCUGUCAUAAGGUUUCUGGGUUCAUUGUCAGUAGCCCAGAUAAAUUUCAUCAUUUAAUCAAGUUGCAUUUCUGUUUUAAGGGCUGUGGGAUGUGUGUGUGUGUGCGUGUUUGUGUAUAUGGUGCAAUAAAAUUCCAAUCUGUCAA